ACAUCGUUUAAUGGCAUGGCUUGUUUUGCAAGAAGACUUUACAAGAAGCACCAACAUUUUACUCCGUCUCGUUACUCGUCUUCUCUCUCUCUCUCUCAUACUCUUUCACAAGUGAAUCACCGUUUUGUUAGAUCUAACAUCUAAUCAAUCCAAACAUGUUUCUCACCAGGACUGAGUAUGACCGUGGGGUGAACACAUUUUCUCCGGAGGGAAGGUUGUUCCAGGUCGAAUAUGCUAUUGAGGCCAUCAAGCUGGGUUCAACUGCAAUUGGGUUGAAGACAAAAGAAGGUGUCGUGCUGGCUGUCGAGAAGCGUAUUACUUCACCACUGUUGGAACCUAGCAGUGUUGAGAAGAUUAUGGAAAUUGAUGAGCAUAUAGGAUGUGCUAUGAGUGGGUUGAUUGCUGAUGCUCGUACACUUGUUGAACAUGCACGAGUUGAGACUCAGAACCACAGAUUCUCAUAUGGUGAGCCAAUGACAGUAGAGUCCACAACACAAGCUCUUUGUGAUCUGGCCCUUCGAUUUGGUGAAGGAGAUGAAGAAUCCAUGUCCCGACCAUUUGGGGUAUCUCUUCUCAUUGCUGGUCAUGAUGAGAAUGGACCUAGCUUAUACUAUACUGAUCCUUCUGGCACAUUUUGGCAAUGCAAUGCAAAAGCUAUAGGUUCAGGUUCUGAAGGUGCAGACAGCUCUUUCCAAGAGCAAUACAACAAGGACCUAACUCUUCAAGAUGCUGAAACGAUUGCUCUGUCCAUUUUGAAACAAGUAAUGGAAGAAAAGGUGACUCCCAACAAUGUUGAUAUUGCCAAGGUAGCACCAACAUACCAUCUAUACACCCCUUCAGAGGUGGAAGCCGUCAUUUCUCGCCUAUGAGUAUGCUUUGUCAUAAACAAUCUUCCCAUGCGACUGGCUUUCCUGUCAUAAUGAUACAUGAGUUGGGGGAGAGGCUUGUAUUUGUUUCUAGGGAUUCAAGCUGUGAAACCUUAUUUUUGGUGUGGUGCUUAACUCAUCAACUCUUUAGUUGGAUAAUUUAAUUACAACUGAUCAGAAAAGAACCUUUGAAUUGGAUUUAAUUUGCGUUCUCAAAUUCUAGCGUGUGGUUGACCCAUUGUUUUUUAAAGUCAGUUUACCCUCUCAUUUUUGUGGAAUAACAAGAAUUACUUCGAUCUCAUUCGAAAAAUCGUCACUAAUAUACCUUCUGAUAAUCUAAAAUAUUGUUUGGUGGUUUCAUCGGUGGGUUCCGGGUGAGUUAUUUCUCCUAAUUAGUUAUUGACAAUAAUCACA